AAUUUUGAUUUUCUCUCUUUUGGGUGUUAAAGAAUUAGUCAGAAAUGUUAAAUUAAUGCCCCUUUUGCUGUUUUUCAGUUCUUCUGGAGAGAAUCUUGAUUGGAGCUGAGCUUUUGAGCUACUGUUACAACAAUGACUAGUUCUGGGAAAGAAGAUCAAGAUCAGAGCAAAAUCGAUGGCGUUGAAGAUUCUAAAACAACAAUUGAAUUUCUCCGGGGGAGAUUAUUGGCUGAAAGAUCUGCAUCAAGAACAGCAAAGCAGAGAGCUGAUGAACUGGCACAAAGGGUCUCGGAGCUCGAAGAGCAGUUAAAGGCUGUGUCUCUGCAAAGAAAGAAAGCUGAGAGGGCCACAGCAGCUGUUCUGUCCAUAUUAGAGAACCAUUCAAUAGAUGAUGUUUCAGAGGAAUUCAGUUCAGGCUCUGAUAAGGAAGCAAUCUUAUCUGAUCAAAAAGAUGCUGAAAAUAAAACAGGAGGGGACAUUUCGUCAAGUGUGAAAGAGAAAGAAGAUGAUGUGGACACGUUGUCAAGUUCGGGGACUGUAUCUUCUUCAUCAACUGCUAGAAGUUUGUCAUGGAAAAGUGGAAAAUCUUCUCAUUCUUUGGACAGGAGGAAAUACACUGAUUCUAAUCGGAGGAGAUAUAGUAACUUUUCAUCCACUGACAUUUCUUCUCCAAAACGGGUUGGUAAUUCAUGCCGACGGAUAAGGCGCAGGGAUACCAGAUCAGCUAGUGAUAAGUUACAAAAUAGUUCUGCUGAAUGUGCCUCUGAGCCUCUUCCAAGCUCUGCUAACAAUGAGCCUCAUCCUUUGACGGCUGGUGCUGGCAUUAAUGAUGUGAAUGAUCAAGUGCACGUUUCUGCAAUAGAUGUGUCAGGAAAUGGAAAGGAAGCAGAUAAGAGUGAUGAAGACAGCCAAAGAGCUUUACAUCAGCAAGCGCAACUGAUAGGGCAAUAUGAAGCUGAGGAAAAAGCCCAGAGAGAAUGGGAAGAGAAAUACAGAGAGAGUAAUAUCUGUACACCGGAUUCGUGUGACCGUGAAAAUUACUCGGACGUGACUGAAGAAAGAGAUGACUUGAAGGCAUCUCAGGAACCAUGCUUAGCUGGAAACACAAGUAUGCAGAAUCAUGCAAACCAGAGUGGAGCAGCAGAUGUUUCCCGUACCGAGCAGAAUGGAAAUAUAGACAACUCUCCAUCUACCCCACAUGUCAAUAUGAGCUGCUUGGAAGAUAAAAAAGGCAGCAGAACUGUUGAAUCAGAUUCCCCAGCAUCAGAGCUUGCACGUCCAAUGUCUAAUGGGAAUUAUUUAGAAAAUCAUGGUCAGACAUCUGCUUAUAGCCACCAGCAGUCUCUUCCUGUGACUCGUUCCCCCAUGCACCCCCGAAGUAGCAGUUUGCAAGCAGGACAAGCUCCUCAAACAGGUUAUGAACUUGCCUUGGUGUCUCAUAACACUUCGAAUAGUGUAAAUUCUGUCCUCGGGGAACUUGAACAAGCUAAACUUUCACUGACAAAACAAAUCAACAGCUCACUACCAACUGCCAGUUACCCGGGAAUGCCCUCACGAUUCAGUUCAGUAAACCAGUCUUCUGAACCUUCCACCUAUGAAACCUCUCUAAGUCCUUACAUGGAGUCUCGAUCAAAGUAUGUUACACAAGGUAAUAGGGUUACUUAUCCUUUCCAAAGAGCUUUCCCCGAGGUCUCUUCUUCAGCUCCUUCAUACAGGCCUAUAUCUGAAACUAACUUUGAUGCAGGCCAACCAUCUUCAAUGAGGUUUAAUCCUAACUCGAGUUCACGUCUUCCCUUAUCUAGUAAAUUUACAUACCCUUCCUAUCCCAAGUUCCCAGACAUGGUGCCAAAACUACCCCCAAAUGAAGUGUUCUCGAGAAAUUAUCCUAGGAAUGAGACAGAUCUACCUCCCUCAUUUUCCUUCUCAACCUGGAGUCCCGAGGUUGUGCCAAGACUACCCUCAACUGAAAAAGUUUCAAGAAAUUUUCCUACAAAUGAGACAGAUCCACCUCCCUCAUUUUCCUUCUCAACCUUGAGCCCCGAGGUGGUGCCAAGACUACCUUCAACUGGAGUUUUCCCGAGAAACAUUCCUACGAAUGAGACAGGUAUACCUCCUUCAUUCGCCUCGCGUAAUGAUCCUCAUAUCAGACCAAAUAUGUAUAGAGGUUGAUAUUGUUCACAGUACAUGCAGUUCUUGGUAAAGAAAAUCUUCACAUACCUCAAAUGUUUUGAGAAGUGCUUACAUAUAGAUUAUUUAAUCUCUAGUUUGUGUAUCAUUUACUUCUUUAAUUAUCUUAAUCCCAGCCUAGUUAGGUGUUACAGAGAAACAUCAGCAAUAUACCUUUUGGUUUUUGAAGCUGUUGUUGUA